AUGUCAAAGAUUGCGAAUCUUGAUUUCAGUGCUUUGAAAAGCAAUGGUGACAACUACCUGGAAUGGGCGCUUGAUGCAAAGAUCAUGCUGCGAUCAAAAGAUCUUGGUGACACAAUCACCAAAGAUAACAAUUCCAGUGACAAAGACAAGUAUAUAGCUAUCUACAUGAUACACCACCAUCUCCAAGAGAACUUGAAAACUCAGUACAUGACCAUGGAAAAUCCAUAUGACCUUUGGAUCGCUUUACAGCGAAGAUAUGACCACCAGAAAACGGUGUUGCUUCCAAAGGCUCAAUAUGAUUGGAAACACAUAAGGUUCUUGGACUACAAAUCAGUAGACGAGUACAACUCAGUCUUGUUCAGAAUUGUGUCAUUGUUAAGUGAGAUGAGACCUCCUGGUACAGCUCCAUUACCCGACAUCUCUAAGCUGGCUAUAGAGCCAAAGAAAGAGAGUAACCUUGUCCAACACAAUGACCAUCCCGGUCCAAACCAUGGACGAAGUCAAGGACGAGGUCGUGGUUCUUUUAAAGCACACGGGCGAGGACGUGGUCGCGGUACCACACCCGGCUUUAGCCGUGGUCGUGGCCGAGGCCGUAGUGUGUCUUUUAAACCACAGAUCAAAGCUGAUCGAUGCCACAGAUGUGGUAUGGGUAAUCAUUGGGCAAAGAAUUGCCGAACUCCUAAGCAUUUGUGUGAGCUUUACAUGGAGAGCUUAAAAAGAAACCCGGAAGCUAACAUGGUUCGAGACCCGGGAUAUGAUGGUGAUGAUGAUGAUGACUUGGAAGACGUCCAGGAUCACCAGCACGAGUCAGACAAAGUUGAUCACAUGGAGUUUGAAACUUCAGACAUACUGAAAUAA